GACGCGACCGAGGCUUCCCGAGCUCCGCCUGGCCGCCCAGCGCCGCAGCCCGCCCGAGGCCUGGAAGGGUCCGGGCCGGCGUCCAUGGUCGCGGCGUCCUGAGGCGGGGGACGCGCCCGGUGUCCCCAGCCCUCCUCCGCCUCCUCCUGUCCGGCGGGCGGCCUCCUCCGGCGCCUCCCUGCGCCCGCCCGCCGCCUUCCUCCCUCCUUCCCUGCGGCUCCACCGGCUUUCGGGAGCCCGGGGGCGGCCUGUGGCGCGCCGAGCCCGCGCCGGACUGCGCCUCUUUGGACCUUGAGGGGAAACAUGCGUUUGGCUUGGAUCGUUUUAAAUUCUUAGUUUGGGAUCUCCGCCCGCCUGCCUCUUCCGCCCCGUGGGUUUUCUUUUCUUUUUUCUUUUUUUCCCCUUUUUUUCCUCCCGGUCUCCUUUUUGACUCCCUCCCCCUUUAUGCUCGCCCAACCCUCCCCCCGCUGCUGAGAAGUGGGGGAGGGUCUCGGCCUCCAGGUUCCCGCCCCACCGGGGCCCGGGCGAGCAUGGGGGGCAAGCAGAGCACGGCGGCCCGCUCCCGGGGCGCCUUUCCGGGGGUCUCCACCGAUGACAGCGCCGUGCCCCCGCCGGGAGGGGCGCCCCACUUUGGGCACUACCGGGCGGGCGGAGGGGCCAUGGGGCUGCGCAGCCGCUCGGUCAGCUCGGUGGCGGGCAUGGGCAUGGACCCCAGCACGGCCGGCGGGGUGCCCUUUGGCCUCUACACCCCCGCCUCCCGGGGGACAGGCGACUCGGAGAGGGCGCCCGGCGGCGGAGGGUCUGCGUCCGACUCCACCUAUGCCCAUGGCAAUGGUUACCAGGAGACCGGCGGCGGUCACCAUAGAGACGGGAUGCUGUACCUGGGCUCCCGAGCCUCGCUGGCGGAUGCUCUACCUCUGCACAUCGCACCCAGGUGGUUCAGCUCGCACAGUGCCUCCCAUGCAAAUGUGCUCGAUGUGUACUCUCUUACUGGUUUCAAGUGCCCCAUUUGUUCCAAGUCUGUGGCUUCUGAUGAGAUGGAAAUGCACUUUAUAAUGUGUCUGAGCAAACCUCGCCUCUCCUACAACGAUGACGUGCUGACGAAAGACGCGGGUGAGUGUGUGAUCUGCCUGGAGGAGCUGCUUCAGGGGGACACGAUAGCCAGGCUGCCCUGCCUGUGCAUUUAUCACAAAAGUUGCAUAGAUUCGUGGUUUGAAGUGAACAGAUCUUGUCCAGAACAUCCCGCGGACUGACCCUGCUGGGCUCGUUUGCUGACUCCUCUCAAAGGUUUAUUUUAUUUAUUCCAAGUAAACUCCCAGAACAGCUGAUGAUGUCAGACAAAUCAGGGACAUUUGCUCUUUUUACCUUCCCCUCAAAAACUGAGGACACGGGGAGAAGAAAAAGCAAGGGUGAGAGUGAGGCAGAGGGACUGGGCCGGCGCCGGAGAGGGAAUCCAAACCCCGGCGGCACGUUUGGCUUCGGGCCCCAGAGCGGAACCACAGACGCCCGGCCAGCCUCAGCGGGAUGCACGCGGCCGGCCUCGGCCACCAGAGCGCGACUUACGUGUUCCGGUCCACACAGGGACAGCCAGCCCCCGUUCCUGAGAGGAGGCAUCCGACACGGGCAGAGCUGAGCUGGGGACACCAGUGGGAACAGGGCACCCCUUCUGCACUGACUUCCAGAGAAUGGUUCUCCCUUUCUCCCUGAGGACACCAAAUUGGAUGAGAGCAAGUUUGAGAGAAGAAUCAACUGCUAUCCUUCCCCUCACCCCUCAUCCCAGGAGGGAAAGGGCAUUUUCUUUUACACCUUUGAAAGGCGGUUGUGGGUCUGUCUAAAGUGUUUACAAAAAAAAAAAAAAAAAAAAAAAAAAAAUUAUAAAAAAAAAAAAGUCUAGUGUCGACUGGUGUUUUCCCUCGUGAUGUUUACAGAUUGCUGUCUGCUGCCCAGCUAGAGCCCACUCAGUGACAGAGACGAACGGGGCCGCACGCUCUGACAGCACAGGAGCAGACACACAGUCUCCUCCUGUGCCCGGCGCCCCCCAGCCGCCCUCUCUGUCACCAACCACUCUGCCUUGGGUGGUUUUUUUGUUUUUUGUGGGUUUUUUUGGUUGGUUUCCCCCCCUCCAUUUUUCUGCCUUGGUUUUGCACUUUUCUCCCCCUUGGGACCCCGAUAUGUAAUUUCAUUGCCAAAAAGCACCCAUCGAGGACCUUCUCCUCUCCUUUCCCUUUUCCUCUCCCUCCUUCCCUCCUGGUUCUGGUCAGUUCAGAGGGUUUAACAAUCACAAGUGUCCUGCAAAAAUGCCUGAACAUUUUUCUUAGACCCUUGUGGAUUUUUUUUUCCAGAAAACUUAAACAGAAAGACUUAUUAAAGGAAUAUGUACAGUUAUCCCUGUUUUCAGGCACUCUGUUUGAGA